AUGGAUUCAAAGAAUAGUUGCCAUUUAAUUAACUCAUUCAAUCUACUGUUAGGAGAAAUGGAUGAAUUAGUUAACGGCAGUGACAUUGUAUAUCAUGAAUUACUUGAAUUAUUUAAAAAAUUAUUUUCUAAAUAUCAAACAUUAGAACAAACGAAUCAAAUGUUACAGAUAAAAUUAAAAUUGAAAGAAAAAAGUGUAGUAGCAAUUGGAAAAAAAUUAUUAACUAAAGAUGUACAAUUGACAGAUUCAUGCAACGAAGUUCGAAUUCUUGAAAUACGAAAGAAAGAAUUAGAAACAAAGAUUGAGAAACUUUUUGAAAUUGUUAAUCUUUUGAAGAUCACGUCUAAUACAAAUACUAUUAGUUCAUCCAUAUCAUUGGAACAUUCAUCAAUACUUCAAAAAGAAAUAAAGAGUAAUAAGAAUUCAUCAUCAAGGAGAAGAGCAUCCAUAAAUUGUGUUAAUGUGUCUAUUUUAUCGAGUGAUAUCUGUACAGACAACUUGAAUUCUAUAACAUCACAAUUGCAUUCUUCCCAAAAUGUCACUUCUGAAGUAGACAAAGCAAAUAGUUCUGAAUCACCUGUUAAUUUCCCAAAAGAAUCUUAUAUGUCUUUUGAUAAUAAAGUUAUUCAUAAUUUUAAUAGUACCAAUAGAGUUUCAAUAUCAUGUGUUCAAAAAUAUCCACCUUACAACUAUAAAUCUAAAGGAAAAAUGACUCUUUUUGACAUUUCUCCACAAUAUUCUCCAAUGAUUCCAUAUAUUAUUAUUAGUUGUAUAGAAGGAUUGGAGAAAUUUCAUCUUGAAACUGAAGAAUUAUAUCAACUACCAAUAUUAUAUAAAGAGGUAUCAGAACUUUAUAAUAACUUUUUAUACUCAAAGUCUAUACCAGCAUUAGAAUUUAUAAAUCCUUCAACAAUAAUUGGAUGUCUUCAAAAAUUUCUUAGAGCAAUCAGUGAUCCCAUUAUACCACAUGUUUUAUGGAUAGAAUUUGAUUCAGCUAUCAAAACAUUAAAUGUGGAUAAUCUAAUUUCUGUUAUUAAACUUCUUCCUGAACCAAAUCUUCAAACAUUAGCUUAUUUAUGCCUUCAUUGGAUAAAAGUUUCAGAGAAAUGUUAUUCAAAUAAAAAAUUAGCUAUUUAUAAUAUUGCUGAUAUAUUUGGACCAACAAUUGUAGGAUUUAAUACAUCACCAGGAAUAAUUACAUCAAGUCAAAUGAAAAAAGAAAUGGAAUCACAAAAACUUAUAAUUCUUGGAUUUCUCCAAUUAUCCAAUACUUUUUGGGAACAAUUUUUACCAAAAGAAAUUAACCAUGUUGUAUAUAACUAA